GCUCGAUGUGGAGGAGGCGCUGGGCGAGGAGGAGGCCGCCAACUUGCGAGGAGAGACUGAGGCAGAGCUAUCUGAUCCGGACUUUCUCAAGCAGGUGGCCCUUGCCAUGGGGCACGGCCCCCGAUGCCGCUUUGACGGGGAAGCCCUCUUUGUGCUCGGCCCAUCCGCAGCUGGCAAGUCGACAGCGCUGGCUGAAGAACGGCUGCAGGUUCCUCCGGGGGCCAUGACUUUGGACGGCUCCAUCAUCCGAGAGACGAGCGCGGUCUGGAAGAAGGUUCGGCAGCUGGCCCUGGCCCAGGGCUUCGCCGGGUUCUCCGAUUACUUCGACGCCUUCUUCAAGCCUGCCAUGGACAAGUUGAAGAAGAAGAUCUUGGAAGACGCCGUCAGGAGCUCAGCCAACCUCAUCAUACCGGACACCGGCUCAAACUUUGCAGCUACAAAGGCUACGAUACAAAGGCUGCGUGAUGCAGGCUAUCGUCUAAAGUUUGCCGCGGUGCCUGGAGCACAGAAGCAGAUCAACCCAGCGGGUGGUUCGACUUCAGAGCUAAGGUUUGGCGAUUCGGAAGUGCUUCUGGGUCGCGGCCGCGCUCGCGCCUCCGAGGACGGCAAACAGUUCACUGGGAAAAACUGGCGGAAGUCGGUGGAAGCCAUCCCCGCCCUGCAGGAGUAUCUCCAGAGCAGUGGGCUGAUAGAUGACUGUGGCUCGAUCCUCGUUCUGGACAACUCGAGCAGUGAAAUGCGUGUCAUGAGUCUCGAGGAAUUGAGAAGGCGCAUGUGCCAGCCCAGGUCGUCACCAAGAAGGUGUCCCAGCUGUUGCCAGGGCCUGUGGCAGUUCUUGAGCUGA